AUGGCGAACGGUGACAUCGUCUGCACCAAGUUCAGACCACAUACCUUGGCGCAACUACUCGAGGGUAACUACCCAAACGAUCGACCAAUUCACAUUUUUGCUGAAGGAGUUUACGACCUCUUUCAUUAUGGACAUGCACGCCAAUUGAAACAAGUGAAAGAGGCCUUCCCGAAUGUCAUCGUUACUGCUGGUGUAUGCAGCGACGAUUUGGUCAUCAAAAACAAGGGCGGCCCCUUAGUAAUGACGCAUGAAGAGCGCUUAGCUUCGCUUCGCGAGUGCCAGUACGUGGACCAUGUUAUCGAUCAUGGAAUGUUCUAUCCUACUCUCGAAUUACUUGAUCAGCUACAGGACCAAAAACAUCUCGACUACAAACCUUAUCAGGCGCAUUGUCGACAACUGCGAGGAAUUUCGGGAGAGAAACUCAAAGAGGGAAUCUGGAUGAAAAGUUGUCUUCACUAA